AUGAGAAUCAGAUUUAAUCGGUGAAGACAUGAAAAAUUGAAUUGAUCAAAAAUUAGUUAAAUUAUGAAUAGAAAUAAUCAGAGAUUUAAUCAGUCGGCAUGAAAGAAUGGUUGGCAGAGGUUGUGUUAGUACCCCUGCAACUGAACUGAUAGUCUCAGUAUCUUAGCAUCUGGUUCUAUUCAGGUGCAGGCUAUUUGCUUCCUUCUAUCUGCCUUAUCAUUUGUUUCUCUUUGAUCAGUGCUAUUGUAAAAUUAAUCAUGGUUGGUCUAGGUGACAUUCCAUGUGUGGGAAAAUUUGUGGAAAGAUUGUCUGAAUAUACAGUUGAUGCAGUGUUUCAUAGCUUGAAGUAUAUGUUGUGCUAUAAAUCUCUUGUUAACGAUCUCAAUUCCGAAAUUGAGAAGCUUAACAUUGAGAAGGACAAGAUGUGCAGGAAAGUCAAGGAAGAAGAGAAAAAUGGUAAAGUGAUCCAAGACUAUGUAUCGAAAUGGCAGAAAGAAGUGGAAGAGAUCCAGGAGAUUUCUGAAGAGCUUUCACCUUCAUGCAGCUGCAUCCAGAGUCUGCCAAUUCCUGAUCCCAUCUCGAGUUUUCGGAUAGGUAAGCAUGCUGUAAAGAAGGCAGAGACAGUAACUAAACUCACCAUCUCCGGAAUGAAACAUCUAGCUGGAGAUAUUGCAUACCUUCCAGAGGUUAUAUAUAUGCCAAACUGUGAUACCACAUUCGAGGAUUUUCAAUCCAGAAAAGAUGUUUAUGAGAAACUUUGGGAUGCGCUUGUGGACCAAGACAGUCCGCUGAUCCAUGGCAUCUAUGGGAUGCCAGGAGUUGGCAAAACUCGAACGAUGGAGAAGUUUUGGGAAGAUGCCAUGAAGAAGAAAAUCUUUGACAAGGUGGUACGAGUAAAUGUGGGCAAUGAAAAAUUGGACAAAUUGAAGUUACAAGACCAGAUUGCUGGAUGUCUGGAUUGCAAUCUCCAGUCGCAAGAUGUAGACAGAAGAGCAUCACAGCUGGAAAUUAGUUUAAGGAGUUGUGGUAAGAUUCUACUCAUAUUAGAUGAUGUAUGGAGGGAGAUUCCGUUAGGUAAUAUAAUUGGGAACUCACUUUUCGAUGGCAGUAGUUCCAGGGGCUCUAAAAUUCUCUUGACAUCUAGAGAGCAAGAUGUAUGCCUGCGUAACAAGUGCAAGCAUCUUGUCGAGAUCCAGACCUUGAGUCCUAGGGAGGCUUUGUCUCUGUUCAAGAACACUGUUGGUUCUGAUACAAUUAACUCUCUACAGGAUGAAUCGUUGGUACAAAAAGUGUGCAAUGAGUGCGCUCAGUUACCAUUACUGAUUCAUGCAGUUGGCAAAGCACUGACAGGCAAGCCUCAAAUUUCAUGGAAGGAUGCACUUGUUCAACUUGAGAAGGGAAAAUUUGAAAAAAUUGUUGGAGUAGAUCCACAAGUAUAUGCGUGUAUUAAAUUAAGUAUUGAUAAUUUAAGAGAUGAUGAUGCAAAGUCAUGUCUUUUUCUGUGCUCUUUGUUUCCUGAAGAUGAUGAAAUCGAUAUGAAGAUGCUGAUCCAGUUAGCAACAGGCUCACAACUUAUACCAGAUGGAGAACCAAGAGUACUUGCAAUGGUUCACUAUCUUAAGGUGUCUUCUUUGUUGCUUGACUGUGGAGUAGAUUAUAUAACUAAAGUUCAUGACAUCAUCAGAGACGUAGCAAGAUCCAUAGCUUCUACAGAUUCAAAAUAUGCAUUGUUACAAGUAACAUGCAACUCAGGGUACUUUCCUUCUGAUGCCAGUUAUUGCACAGGAAAAUUCUUACGUUUGGAUGCAGAAACUGAUGAUGUUCAUUUCAAAGAGCGUGAGGUGUGCCCGGACCUGCAUACCUUGUGGCUGCAAUGCAACAACCAUCCACAACAGUUCUCAGGUGGCUUCUACAAAAUGUUUGUGAAUCUCAAUUUUCUGAUGCUACAAAAGGUGAAUAUAUCUUUGAAGCAGUUUUCUCUUCAACCCUUGGAUAAUCUCGGGACACUUACUUUAUCAAGGUGCGACACAAGAAAGACGGAUGGUAGUCUUUUUCCCAAAAGCCUAAAAACUCUUUGCAUAUGGUAUUGUGAUCUGCCAAGGCCUCUGGAUGUAGCAAACUUGAAAUAUCUUCGAAAGCUAGAGAUCCAACAAAAAAGGGAACCUGAAUUGGUAAUGGCGUUGAAUGUCAUAUCUACUCUAUCCAGUCUAGAAGAAUUGCAUAUACCAAAUGGAUUCAUCAUUGACCGUGAAGAAUAUCAUACUGAACCCAUAGUCAUGGAGAUAUGUGAAUUGACUCAUCUGGCAAGUUUACAGUUUCAUUUCUAUGCUGAUCAUACUUUUCGAGUUAAAAAUGUAUUUUCUGAAUUGGAUAGAUACAGCAUAUGUGUGGGUGCGCCAAAGGAUAUAGAUCUUUCAGAACGAUAUUGGAGAGUUUCAGCCAUGAGGUCGACUAGGUUGUAUGGCCAUCACUCACAAUCAUGGGAAGGUUUGAUGACAAGGGCUGAAGAGGUGAGAUUGCGCUACAGCAAUGUUGAAGUGAGUAGCAUUUGCAAUGGUCAAAGAAGAGCAUUUGAAGACCUGAAUAAACUGUACAUAGAAAAUUGUGACAUGGAGCAUCUAGCAAGUAUGUCAUGUAUAUCACAUGAUGAGAUUCAGUACAGUCUUCGACCAGCAACAUGUUUCUCCAAACUGACCAUUUUAAAAAUUAGUUACUGCUCUGAGAUGAAAUACCUCUUCUGCAACAACAUUGCCAAAAAUCUGGGACAACUGCAAGAGCUCACUGUAAAUAAUUGUAAAUCUAUGGAAGCCAUCAUACUGAAUGAAGGAACAAGUGACCGGAAAGUCAUAAAUUUCUCCAAAUUAAAAUUACUGAAGAUAUUAUUUUUGUCGAGACUCAAAAGCUUCUAUGUGAGAAAGAAAUACAUGAUUUCAGGUUCAACAUUAUCCACGGACCUCCCUGCUGAGUAUCAGUCUCUUUUCGAUGGACAUGUUGCAUUCCCGUCCUUGGAAGAACUGACUAUCCAGUCGUUGCCAAAUUCAUGUGUAAUUUGGGGAAAGGAUUGCUAUAAUGACACUGGAUUGUCCUUUUGCAAACUAAAUAAUUUAUCUGUAUCAGGCUGUGACAAACUAGAAAGUUUAAUCCCGCAGGCCAUGUUGCAUAGGCUAAAUAAUCUGGAACAUAUAGAAGUAUGUGACUGCAGCAGCAUGAGAAGAAUGUUUCCACCUUGUAUUGCCAAUGAUCUUAGAAAACUUCAAAAAAUGAGUGUAGAAUUUUGUUUGGAGAUGAGAGAGAUUAUUGGAGGUGGUGAACAAGCAAUAACUGAUGGCAUCCUGUUCCCUGAGUUGAUGGUUCUAGAGCUAGAUUGGUUGCCAAGUUUGACGAGCUUUUGGUGUUACCAGAGUAGAAAAGCUGAUACUUGCAAGGUUGCAUACAGUCUCCUUCGACUCUCAGCAGUUUUUGUUAAAGACUUGCCUAAUCUCAAAAGUUUUUUUCACGGUGCAAACUUUGAGUUCCAUAUGCCGGCUUUAGAGAAGGUUCAAGUUUGUAACUGUGGACUCUCAGAUCUUUUCACAUUCUCUAUGUUCAGAAAAUUCCAACUCAUCAAGAGCUUACUAGUAAAUAGUUGUGAUCUGUUGGAGAACCUCGUGGAGGAUUCAAGGGGUGAUGAGACUUGUGACAAUAUUAUCACACUCUUUCAACUCACAUCAGUUGAUUUCCAAAAUUUGCCAAAACUCAGAAGUGCCUUCCAUAAUGCAAAUUAUGAGUUCCAUAUGCCAGUUUUAACGAAUGUGUUUAUUCGUACUUGUGGAUUUUCUGAUACUCUUUUCAACCUCUCUGUCAUCAGGAAUCUCAAACAACUCAAAACAUUAGAAGUAUCUUUUUGCAGUUCGUUAGAAGGACUCUAUGAGGAUGUACGGGGUGAUGAACAUUCUGAUUCGGGUGACCAGAUUAUCACACUCCCUCAACUCUCAUCGCUUCUUCUUGAAAAUUUACCAAGUCUCAAAAGUAUUUUCUACAGUGUAAAUUAUGAGUGCAAGAUGCCGGCUCUAAUGAAAUUGAAAGUUGUUAACUGUGGCAUCUCUACUCUUUUCACGUGGUCUAUCUGCCGAGAACUCCAACAGCUCAAAAAAUUAGUAGUAGUUAACUGCUGGCUGUUAAAACACAUUGUUGAGAAUGAAAAAUGUGAUGAAACUGGCGACAUGAAUGACAUACUGUUCCCUGAGUUGAAAAUUUUAGCGCUACUUAAUCUGCCAAGCUUGACGGACUUUUGGUGUUACCAGAGGGGUAAAACUAAUAUUUGCAAGGUUGCAUUCACACUCCUUCAACUCUCGGCAAUUGUUCUCAACUACUUGCCUGAUCUUGAAAGUUUUUUUCAUGGUGCAAAUUUCGAGUUCCAUAUGCCCGUUUUAAAGAAAGUGAUAGUUCGUGACUCUGGAUUAUCUAGUACUCUUUUCACACGCUCCGUCUUCAAAAAUCUCAGACAACUUGAAUAUUUAAAAGUAUCAGAUUGCAGAUUGUUAGAAGGCAUCUUUGAGGACAAUGAAACUACAGAUACAAGUGAAAAGAUUAUCACACUUGAUCGAGUCUCUACCGUUCAUCUUCAAGGUUUACCAAAGUUAAAAAGUAUUUUCUGUGGUGCAACUUACGAGUGCUAUAUGCCGGCUUUGAAAAAAGUGAAAAUUGUUGGUUGUGGACCCUCGAUUCUUUUCACAUGCUCUGUGUUCCGAGAGAUCCCUCGACUUCAAGAAUUACAUGUAUCUGACUGUGAAUUGUUGGAACACGUUGUUGAGGAGGCCGGGAGUGAUGAAACUUCUGAGACAAAUAGUAAGAGUAUCAGAUCCUCUAAACUCUCAUCAAUUACUCUUGAAUCUUUGCCAAACCUCCGAAGUUUCAGUUGCACUUCAAGCUAUGUUCUCAAUAUACUCAAGUUGCAGAAUUUAAGGGUGAUCAAGUGUCCCCAGAUGGAAUAUUUCAGUUCCUCAACAACCACGUCGUUAGUGAAUCUUGCUAUUGACUGGUACUGUGAAGAAGGAUUUCAUGACUUGAACGACUUUAUAAGGCAGUAUCACAAAAGUGGAAGCUGCUUAAGUUACUGUUCAGAAGAAUCCAGUUAUCGUAUUCAAGAUCUGGGAACACAAUCAGAGAUAAUUAUUGAAGAAGAAGAAGAAGAAGAAGAGGAGGAGGAGGAAGAGGAAGAGCUUCUAGAAAGCGAGACCGAAACUGAAAUUGGAACGGAAACUGAAGGUGGAACUGAAACUGACAGUUCAGGGUAGAAUUCACUACUGGGAUUACUCAAAAACAAACUAAUGACUGGACUUGCAUUGUUGUAAAUUUCUCCCAACACUACAUUCCUCAAAUGUGAACUUCUGAGAUUUUAUUUUUGAUAAAUAACAACAAAGAUACAAUUUAAUAAGAUUUAUAUAUAAUUUUUACUUCCUGAGGAUGUUA